AUGUAUGGUGGUAAUUAUGUGAGUGAAAGAGGUAAAGAAGGUUAUGGACCGAUGCCUAUUGAAGAUACAUUAGUAAUUGCUGACCGCACUUUAGGAUUUUUACAGAAAAAAGGUGCUUUAAGUCUUUAUCAAGGAACAGAUGCAUUUAGGGGAAAUGCAAGUAAGCAUUAUGAGGAAUUAGCAGCAGCUAGAGAGGUGUUGGUUGAAGAUAAAAGACCUGCUAGCGAUGUUUUUAUGGCUUCAUUUAGUGGCAGUCCAGAAAUAAAGGUGCUGAUACUUAAUCUCCAAAAGUUAAGGGUAAUUGAGGAUUUUGCACGAGACAAAGAAAAGCUUUUUGGUUUGAAUGGGAAAAAUAAUAAUGAAAAUAAUGUUGUUUAUACUAAUGGUAAAAAAAAUGACAAGUUAACUAAAAAAUUAUUAGGAACAUUAAAAGAACAAACGAUUCUUAGAAUAAACGCCGUAAAAGCAGAUGAAACCUUAACUAGUUCAGAGAAACAGAGGGAAUUACAAGAAAAUCAAGCAAGAUUAGAACAACUUCAAAAUGCUCUUCAUAGUUUGGAUAAUAAUAAUAAACCUUUUCCAGUUAUUCCGGUUGUUGGAGUAGUCGGUGCGGUUUCUCUUUUAGGAUUAGUUAUUUUCAGACUCAAAAAAACCAAGUCUAGAUAA